GGCUCGUUACAGAGAGGACAGGAGAAGUAAUGCGGUAACGUGUAUCUGUGCGUAAAGACAGAGAUGCUUGGUGGCCACGUCCCCUUGGAGACUGGAGAGACAACACGUGAUGAGCUUUACUUAUCAGGUUUAGAGGGAGAGAGACACUGAGACACGCCGAGGGAGAGAGAGAACACGGCCGGGAGCCCGGGGAGGAAUUAAAAAAAGAAAACUACUAAACAUUUUUCCUCUCGACGACUCUUUUCCUCGAGUCUUUUUGCUCUUUUUUUCCUCCGGGAGAGGAGAGAGGAAAAGCACAGGAGGAGGAGGAGGUGGAGGAGGGAGGGGAGGAGGAGGAGGGAGGAGGAGAAGCCGGAGUAAAGUUUGUCCAAGUUUGCACAUCCCUUCGGAAACGCCAUUUUGAUUCCUCUCCUCUCCGGAGCAAGUUUGCAGCCUCUCUUUCUUUCUCCCUUCUUUUUAUUUCUUCAUCUCCCCUUCAUCAUCCACCAUCACCGCCGUUCAUCAUCAUCAUCAUCGCCCCCCACCACCAUCAUCAUCCUCGCCACGAUGUCUCGGCGCAAGCAGCCCAACCCCAACAAAGUCAAGCUGUGAGCAGUGGUUGCAGACACACACACAUCAACAACAACAACAACAACAACAAACCCCGCCCCCCUCCCACAUCGCCCUGAGCGACACGAGCGAGCGUUGCUUUACGAAAGAGGACGGCAGUCAUGGAAAACUGCACAGAGGAGCAGCGAGAUGAGAUAAACGAGGAGGAGUCGGGACUAACGGAGGAGAAAAAACACAAUAACCUCAAAGUGAUUAACGGAGUGAUGGAGGAGGCAGCAAGUGGAGGAGAGAAGCUACAGAACGGAGACAGAGGCGGAGGAGGAGGAGGAGGAGGAGGAGGAGGAGGAGGAAUCAUGGGAGCUGAAGGAGGAGGUGACCUGUCCUCCAUCAACGCCAUGAUGUCAGCAGUGAUGUCAGCAGCAGGGACCAUCAAUGGCGGAGGAGAUGGCGAAGGAGAGAGUGCAGUCACCUCAGCCAACUCCUCCGCCGGGCCCUCCCCUAGCCCCUCCCCCAGCAAGUCGCUUACGGCGGCUAUGAGAGCCCCGCCCAGCCGCAACGCACGACGCAACCACGACACCAAAGAUGACAGCUCAGCUUUUAUUUGUCCACUGUGUGACAAGAACUGUCAAACACAACACCAGCUCACCAUGCACAUCAGACAGCACAACGCCGACACCGGAGCGACAGACCACUCCUGCAGCAUCUGUGGGAAGUGCCUGAGCUCAGCGUCAUCGCUAGACAGACACAUGUUGGUCCACAGUGGGGAGAGGCCCUACAAAUGUAACAUCUGUGGACAGACCUUCACCACCAAUGGGAACAUGCACAGACAUAUGAAGAUCCAUGAAAAGGACCCAGCCAGCGGUAUGCUCCCCGUCAGCCCCCCCUCCCCCACCAAACGUCGCCGUCCAUCCGUUAAGAGGAGGCAGGGUCCGGAAGAGGAGAAUGGAGAGGAACCGCCCAGCAAGAAGGUGGUGGAGGACGCGGCAGCGGAGGAGUCGGCGGCGACGCUUCGUGGAGUUGAAGAGGAGCUGCUGCCCUGUCCAAUCUGCUUCAAGACCUGCAGCUCCAGACUGGAGCUGGACACACACAUGGACACACACCCUGACACUGCACUGAGGUGUGAUCUCUGCUGCCUGUCCUUCCGAACUCACCGUGGUUUGCUGCGUCACAAUGCGGGGGUUCACAAGAUUCUCCCCCAGGACCCCAACGGCCGCCCCUUCAUCCAGAACAACCCCUCCAUCCCCACCGGCUUCAAUGACCUGGCCUUCAUAGAUUUCUCCUGCAAGAAGUUUGCUCACAUCGCACAGGUGUGGUGUGAGACAAACCUUCGCCGCUGUAUCAGUAAGUUCCAUCGUUUUGUCUGUGAUUGCUGCGACAAGGCGUUCCCCCUUCGCUCAGCCCUGGAUCUCCAUAAAACCACCUUCCAUCCCGACAAACCCACCACCACUGACGCACAGGUAAUGGAGGCAGAGAUGGAGGAGGGAGCUGCACAAAACGGCGUUGAGAACGACAGUCCGGAUGUUGAGAAAGAAGUCCUGCCCUUGGAGCAGGCCAGCUUCUUGGAGGUGCUGGGGCUUCAGCACAUUUCUACGGUGAAGUCUGGUCCCACAGACGAUGAGAUCCAUCAGGCCCACCUAGACAGCAUUAAGGUGAUCCACGUGGAGCCGCCAUCUUCCAGCCUUCCCCAGGAGCCGGCCUCAGCCUACCUGUCUGGAGGUCUGGGGCUGCCCCUCAGCCUGGGUGUGGGCGGUCUAGCUGCCCUCAGCAUCCCGCUGCUGGAAGCCUCGGGCUCUGCCUCCGCCCUGCAGGGCCUCUCCCAAAGAGACACCCUGAGCCUGCUCUCCCUGCAGCCCUUCCAGACCGGCUUCCUUCUGCAGCCUGAUGGGGGUGCUGCAGCAGCCAGUGCUGCAUCAUCGGGGGUCAAACCCGGAGAGGCAGCUGGAGCCGGGAUCAUGGAGCUGGCCGACAUCCAGCAGAUUCUCAAAGUGGCAAGUGCAGCGCCGAAUCAGAUGGGAUUGACUCUCCCACCUCUGGCCAAAGCUCCAGGAUUUGCUGGAGGUCAAGGGCAAGUCCAGGGUCAGAAGUCAAUGCCUACAUUGAAGCCCAAACCUCCCAUCACCCCUCGCUCUAGCCUCAUGGCGACGACUCCCCCUCCUCUCCAGAGCUCCCAGCAGGCCUCACUGGGCUGCAUCAGCCCCAGCCUGCCACCUCCCACCCCCACUCUGUUUAAAACACCCUCCUCAUCCUCCUCAUCCUCUUCCUCAGCUGGAAACGGGGGGCAGUUGGACGCAGAGUGUAUGGGUGACGCUCACACACCUUUGUCUGAUUCUCCGCCAGCUGCCACCACAACUGUACAGGAGGAGGCGGGACUCAGCGGGAGAAAGCCAGGAACCAAAGGGGGAAACAAUGCCAACACUGGCUCGGCUACGGGCUCAUUCAAGUGCCGAUUCUGCGACCAGGUGUUUGCCUUCUCCGGCGUCCUGCAGGCUCACAUGCGCUUCCACCUCGGCAUCCUUCCCCACCAGUGUAACAUCUGCGACUAUGUGGCUCCAGACAAAGCCACGCUGAUCCGACACCUUCGGACACACAGCGGCGAGCGGCCCUAUGUCUGCCGGGUCUGCCAUUAUCCUUUCACUGUCAAGGCCAACUGCGAGCGCCACCUCAGGAAGAAGCAUGCCAAGACCUCGAGGAAGGAUAUCGAGAAAAACAUCAAGUACGUCACCUCCACCACCACAGCAAACCUUGCUGCGAUUACUGCUGCAACAACCACCACCCAAGACACGGACACGGGCUGCACCGGAGCUGAGACAACUUGCCGGUUCUGUGGUGAGGACCUGAAGACCUACCGGGCGCUGCAGAUCCACCUGCGCACUCACAAUGGCUGCCAGAGGAAGCCAUUUGAGUGCAAGCGCUGUGGCGCUGCCUUCCUGGCCAAGCGCAACUGCAUCCACCACCUGCUCAAGCAGCACCCUGAGGUGCAGGAGAGGGAGAUCGAAGAACAUAUCGCCACACUCCUGCCUGCUGGCGCGCCUGUCCCUACCGCCCCCUCUGCUCGAACAGCUCCAGUUAAUCAGAUGGCGCUGAAUGGGAUCAGUCAGCCUCCAAUUCAGGCGCUCCAAACAGUGAAGGUGGAGGAGCUGGCUAGCAUGGUUUAUCCUGAACUGGACCAGCCACUGGACUUCUCCGCCAAGGGGCGUGGGGCCAGCAGUCAGGCGGGGUCUCCUGGGGUCAAACUGGAGAGUGUCUCCCCCAGCUUUGACUGCUCCAUCCUGGACCAGCCCAUCGAUCUGUCAAUCCCUAGCAAGAGGCAGAAGAGGGAAGCAACGAGUACUGGAGAGAAGAGGGAGAUCAAGAUGGAGCAGAGCAGCAGCAGCAUCGUGGAGCAGCAGCAGGCUCUGGCUCUGUCCAAGGAGGAGAAGGCGGCAAGUGCCCUGCCUCACCUACACCCUCACCCCCAGCUCGGCUGCUACCAGCUCCCCCCAGGAUCAACCCCUCCUCCAGCCUCCCUCCCCACCCUCAACAACUCAACACGAGCCCAGCGCCUCAAACCCCUGCUCCCCAAACCGGCCUCCUCCACCACCUCCUCACCCUCCACUGCCCACAAAGAGCUCCCUCCUCUGGCCUCCAUUGCUCAGAUCAUCCACUCCGUCUCCGGAGCUCCAGACCUGCUGAAGAGAGACGCCACCACGUUAGAGGUCAAACCCCAGACAGUGGUUGCUUCCGCUCAGGUGGACUCUGCUGCAGAUGCCCCAGGACCUUCCGCUGUUCUGGAGACACAAAGUGAUGACGCAUCUGAGGGAUCCUCCAGAAAGCGGACCAGGAAGAAGCCUGCUGUCCUGGCGGUGAAGGAGAAGGCCGUUGUCAGCGGCGGCAGCAUCGACCUGGAGUCCAGCGGUGAGUUUGCCAGCGUGGAGAAGAUGCUGGCCACUACUGAUGCCAACAAGUUCAGCACCUACCUGCAGACCGGAUCUGCAGACCUGGGAGCAAAGAGAGAUGACAGAGCAGGAGGAGGGGAGGAGAAGGAGGGAGGAGUGAAGGAGGAGGUGAAGCCAGUGGCAGCAGCAGUGGUGCCACAGUCCAAAGGCAAGAAAAACGCCUACUCCAACUCGGUCCAGAAGAUGACCUGUCCCUUCUGCCCCCGAGUGUUCCCCUGGGCCAGCUCCCUGCAGAGACACAUGCUGACUCACACCGGCCAGAAACCAUUCCCUUGUCCAAAGUGCGAUGCCUUUUUCUCCACCAAAUCCAACUGUGAGCGCCACCUGCUGAGGAAACAUGGCGUGACCCACCGAACGCUGCGACGCAACGGCGCCCUCGCCAAGAAAGAUGGAGACGAAGGCUCACAGGAGAGCGCAGAGAGUCAGUCAGAGACGGAGCAGGUUGCACCAGAAGCACAAGACCUCAGCAGCGCCAACGCCACCCCGGAUCCAACCCCCACAUUAGAUGGGCAUGGGGCAGUAUCAGUGCAGUCAAGCCCCACCCAUAAACCAAGCCAAGGUUGCAGUCCAGCCGCCAGCUGUGCCGAGCAGCAGGAGACAGAAACCACAGAGCAAUCAGACCAGCAGAGGGCUCCAGAGACCAGAGCAGCACAGGGAAAACAGCCUCCACAGAGCAACAGCACCAAGGUGGAGAGCACAGAUGAUGAUGACUGCCACAGCAACAAAAGUCUGGACCUGAACUUUGGCAAAAAGCUAAUCGACUUCAAGCUCUCCACAUCCUCAAGCCCCGCUCAGGAAGAACAACCCCCCCAGCCUGCAUCCUCUUCCUCAUCCUCCUCAUCAUCCUCUACCUCUGCCCCACAGGUAGCAACAGAGAGUCAAGAGAAGGAGAAAGGUGCUACAACCUCCUCCUCCUCCUCCUCGUCCUCCUCCUCCUCUUCCUCUUCUAGCAGCCCCGUGGCAAAGCAGCAGCCGGAGUACAAACAUGUAUGUCGAGUGUGUAAAAAGAGUUUCCGCUAUGCCACCACCCUCGCUCGCCACGAGAGGGCACACCUCUCAGAGGAGACGCCAACCCCGGCGCCAGUGGAGGAGAACCCACCAGUGAAAGAGGAGGUGAUGGAGAGCAACACCGCCAGGUCAUCAGAGGAGGAGAAAGAGGAGGAGCAGAAGAUGGAGAUGGAGGUGGAGGAAGCAGGAGGGAGGGGAGGUGAGAGUGAGGGAGGAGAGAGCGGGGAGUCAGAGGAGGAGGAAAAGGAGAAGGAGGAGAGGAGCGACGAGGAGGCGUCAGAACCAAAGAGUUUAGAGGGAGGAGAGGGGUCAGGAAGACGAGUAGACAAGAGGAAGAAGAUCUGUACCGUCUGCGGGAAAAGAUUCUGGUCUCUGCAGGACCUGACCAGACACACAAGGUCACACACAGGUGAGCGACCUUACCAGUGUCAAACCUGUGAGAGGACUUUCACCCUAAAGCACAGCCUUGUCCGCCACCAAAGGAUCCACCUGAAGCCCCGUGGGGCUGACGGAGCUUCAGCUGCAAAUGACGACGCCAGCGAGGAUGGAGACUCCUGCACCCAGACGCCACCCUCCACUUGCCCGCCCUCGGAAAACGAGAGCGAGUGUGGUAGUGGCGCUGCAGGGGGCAAGGAGCUGGAGGAGGAGGACAUGAAAGAGGAGGGUGAGAAGGGUGAUGGAGCAGAGUCAGCCACAUUGGAGGAAGAAAGCCCUGCAAAACAAGUGGAGUCCUGUGCAAAUUCAGAACCAUCAACGGCCGUCGCUUCUGAAGACGCUGAGGAAAAAUCUAAACUCUCUGCAGAGUCUGUGACGCAACAACCCUCCGCUGACACGGCUCCCAGCAAACAAGCUACUGAGACAAAGACAACUACUAGCGACGACCUGAAAUCGACGCCCAACUCAAACCUCUCCAAAGACCCCUCUUCCUCAUCCUCCAGCUCUCUGCCAGGGGAGUCCGUGGCAGCUGCCCCUGCAGAGGGCUUCAUCCAGGGGCUGCUGGAGAUCCACGCUAAGCCCCCUCUGGAGCACAUCCUCCCCAACGGAGAGCCUCCUCUGGUGGGGGUAGAUUGAGGGGAAACUCUUCCUGGCUGUCUAAACCAACGUCACCACAGUGCCAUAUGCCGGAAAGAUGCUACACCAUUGAUGAUGAUGAUGAUGAUGCAAAAACCAGCCCGGAAAACUUUUUUUGAUAGAAAGACGAAAACCUCGUUUUCUUGAAGUGCCUUACUACUAGUCCUACUUCUAAGAGAUGUUUUUUGCUAUAUCUUUAUCUGCAUUAUUACGGAGGAUGGAUCUAAUUUUUAUAGCUUUUUAUGAUGACAAUGAUUUGCAUUACUAUUUUUGUGCGGGGAAUCUAUAUUUCAGCAAUAAAAGAAUAAAGUUAUGAUUUAUUAUUGUGCUAGAUUCUGUUUGAGAAUUGAUGAUCAACUUAGGAGACACAGAGGGACAGAAAAAGACUGAGAUAGACUGUCGGUAUCUGCGUUAAUUCUUCUGUAUUUAAAUCACAGCUGGGCUCCGGCCACAAAACAGAGACUGAACAAUCCAAUUUUAAGAUUUGAACCAGCUUUGGAUUUGAGAGUGAACUUGUCAGGGUGGGAAAUUUUUCUUCUCCACCAGCCACAGCAGCUUUCCAAAAUUCACCAGCCACUCCUCCGGCUUCACUAGCCAUUGAGAUAUUUUGGAUAAAAAUCAAGAGUGGGGAGGUGAAGGCUGGUCGGUUGCCAACGUGGCUGGUAGAACUCAGAUUCACCAGCAAAAUGACGACUUCCAUUGGUGGCUGGUGGUCGUCUCUUACUGUGCGACAAAGGAAGCUUUUUGUAACUGGAAAACACAAGAAAGGUCAACACCUCGUCGUCCUUUCGGCUCGCUUCCGCACUGAUCCCCCGUCUCUCAGCUGGCUCAAACACACAAAAACAUUCAUGAACUUGUCAAAGUCGCAUCACAUUUCUGUGUGAAAAAGAACUCCUGAAAGAGUGGAUAUAGUGUUGAUCAGUUUGUGCUCUCCAUGUCUGUUUGUUUUUUUAAAACCCAUCACACUAUUGAUCCCUUUAUCCCUCAAAGCCACCCUGUGAGUUGGUUUGUGUGUUAAUACUUUCUCAUUCAUAAUCAUUCUCAGUUGAUUCCAUGUUUGUACAGAGAGUUGAAAAUGUGGCACGUGAUGCUAGAGGUUUUUUUUUUUCUUUUUUUGUGUGUGUGCGAUUAUCAGUGACAUUUAGGUGUAGGGAGAGGAAUUCUUGUGUUUUGUGGAUUUUUUUUAUAACUGAACAAAUCAAAUUUUUUUGUUGUGUGUGUAUGAAUGUGUGUGACCCCCACCUGUCUCUCAUCAUCGCCCCUUAGUGUUCAUUUAGGGUUUAUUACAGGGCCUCUAGCGUGCUAACAUACAUUGCCGCUAACAUGUUACCCAGGUUCAGUUUACCUCAACUUCUGCUUCUUAACUGCAACCAUUAAAAUAACAGAUGAGCAGCUCUGUAGGCAACCCUUUAAAUCCUAUGUCUUCCUAAACAGGGCUAGCAAGGCUAAUUGCUAGCUUGGUUUCUACUGUGGGCCAAAUCAGAGCUAGCUGGGGCUAACUCAUUAGCAUGGCUUCAGCUAGUCAAGGUUAACAUGUCUAAGUUGUUACUUGCUUGGCUUGCAAAAUGUCCAAGACUAACUUAACAGCUAACCAAGGCUAACUCAGUAUCAACAACAGUGUAAAAUAGAAAUGGCAAGGGCUAAGUCAUUGCUAGACUGGUCUGCACAAUGAGCCUUAAGAUAAACAGUGCUUAGUCUUGGCUACAGUGUAUAAAAGGGCUAACACCAAACUCAAGCUAACUAGGGCUUAGCUACAAAACUGCAGAUGGCUUAAUUUCUCUAACAUGGCCAGUUAGUCCAGCUCAUCAUUAGCCUGAGCUUUGGUGCAGUAGGCUCUUAAAUAUAUCAACUGCAGGCUCAAAACACAUGCUAACUAGGGCUAACUGACCAGACCAUACAACUUAAUCAAGCUGACCAUGGUGGUGUGUUUAUUAGUUGUAGCUAGCUCUUGUCAUUGUCACAGCCUGACCUUUCGCAGGGGGGCCUUAGAUAUCAACCAAAAUACGGUCAGUUAGGGCCAGUUAGCUUUAGCCAUUAGUCAGAACUUUGAUUUGCAGACCCUAAGACAUCAAUGACAGCGUAAAAACACAUGCUAGCUAGGGCUAACUGAUCAGACCAUACUUCUUAACCAGGCUGACAGUGGAUAGCUUGGUUACCUAGUUUGGUAUGGUCAGUUAGCUCAAGCUAGCUUUAGCUAUUAGCCAGAGCUUUGUAUAGUAGGCCCCAAGAUAUCAAUAAGGAGAUAGAUUUGACUCAAUAUUAUUUGUGAAUAAAAAACACCUUCCAUAAAUACGAAAAAGAUUUGUAAACUCAAAAACUAUUUUGCAAAUAUUAAACAAAUCUGCAAGUACAGAAACAAAUACCACAAAUAAGAAAAAUAUAUUCAAUCUACAAAUAAAUGAAAACCCUUUGUGAGUUCCUUCUUAUCAUGUACAACUUUUGAACAGAUGUUUGUGAAUCCAGUUUUUAUUUGAGCAUCUUAAUUCUACACUUGCAGAUUUGCAUUUUAUGCACACUGUCGUUUAAUUUUUGGAAUGUGUGUAUUUGCAGAUCUGUUUGGUAUUUGCAAAUAUUAUGUGUUUACAAACUUUUUGUGUAUUUGUGGGAGUGGUUUUAUAUUUACAAUUUAGACAUUAACAUAUGGAUUGUCGAUGUCCUCACAUAAAUAAAUCCAAAUCUAUCUCCAUACACCAGCUACAGGGUAAAAAAGCAUGCUAGCUUGGGCUUGCUGAUCAGACCAGAUAAGUCAGUUAGGUUAACACAUCGCUAAGUUGGUCAACUGCAGUUCUAGCUAAUGGCAGGUUAAGCUAGUCUCCCUCCAGUAUUAUCUUAGUGUCUAGAGUUGGCCCUGGAUUGCUUUAGUACUGUUUGUCCUUUUCUAGCCCUGUCGUCUUUUACAUGAAAGCCAAUUUGAGGACUUGAAGCUCUUUCGUGUCUAUACAGAGACAAAGAGAAGAGCUAAAAAAAAACCUUUUUCUACAUUUCUACGUGACAUAAAAACGUAAGCUGUUUUUUAGUAACACUUAAACUGAGCGGUCAGAUAGGCCUACCUGAAGACGUGUUUAUGAAUUUGGUAGUAGAGACAAUCAGUUGUAAUUUUCAAAUGGAAAAUGGAUUUUUCUUUUUUUCUCUCUCUUUUUUUUUUUAAGUAAACCCCUCAAUUCAAUCUCCGUGUUAUCUCCAGAAGGAGCUAAAUGACAGGGUGAAAGGGAUGGAUGAAUGGAUGGAUGAAUGAAUCAAGGGACAGACGAAUGGAUGGGUAGUUUUUUUGGGGGGGGGGGGGUGUUCCUGAACUGUAUUACCCUGCUGCACACACAAACAAACACAAGUUAAAGGGCUAAUUCCACCCCCUCGUACAAACCCAACCAGACAUUUCCACAACAGAAAAGGGCGUUGGAUUUCUGAUCAUGUAUUGUUGAUCCUGAUAUCACGACCAGAGGGGACGGGUAGUGUGCAUGUGCAUUUUCUUUGUCGUGUGAAGAUGAAUAUAGCUAAUUUUUCUUCUUGUACAUUUUCGUCUUUUUUUUUUUUUUUGAGAUCAAGCAACCUCAUAAUCAAAAACAAAUCGAACCUCAGCGGCUCAUAAUGGAACUGUAAGGCAGCGACAGUAAAGUCAUCUAGUCAGUUUAACAGCAAGAAUUAUUGAACAACCACAACUGGACUGACUGACUAACUGGACGCUGCUGUGAACUGGCACUAACAACUUCCAAAACUACUACUACUACUACUUCUACUACUAGUACUACUACAGUGGAAUAUCGCGACACAAUCAAGAGAGCAGAGAGAGAGAGAGUUUCAACCGGAUUGUCAGGUUCAGAACCCCUGAAGUUUUGAGUCCCAGCACUGAGCAGGAGCGUGUUUGAAGAUUUUCCUAAAGCAGUCUAUUCAGAGUAAAAUUUCAGUUUUUCCAAAUCAAAAAAUCUCCAAAGGCAUCCAAAACCUUUGCUUUUGAUCAAAAGUGGACAGAAAGAUGACUCCUUUGUUGCUCCAACACUUCCUUGCUCCUUCUUGGUUGUAGGCUAAUGCCUGGUACAAAGCAGUGCAAAAUGCAAAUUCUAUUGUAAUUGUAAUUGCAAAAUGAGCAUCUAUGUAAUGAAAAGGCUUAGUCUUGUUUUUUAGGGUUUCAUGUUUGGAUCAGACUAGAUAGGAGAGUUGCAUAGAACAGUAGAUUUUGGUCUGAAAAGAAAUAAAAAAGGCUGCUUAAGUAAGGGGAGUAAUUACUCCCCAAUACCACCCGGAAUCCCAAAAUUUGCUCACAACUCAGUCUUUGUAGUUUUCAGCAGCAAACGAUCGAGUCACAAAACAUGAACAGUGAUCUGGCGUUCAUUUUUUGAGGUAACAUGAGGAUGUCUAGCUUUAAAAAGUCCAUAAAACCCACUGGGAGGAUUUGAGUUUUUUUGUUUUUUUAAAGCAGUUGUAGUACCUCGUGAAAUAGUUGGUGAUAGAGGUUUAGUGUGUACUCGCAUGGCUAAUCUGAUUCUUUUGUAACACACUAGCCAGGAACAUGCUACAGCUAGUCAGUAGCAGUAAUUGCAGAAAUACCCAUUUGUCUAACUGUUAGCUCGGUUGCCAGUGAAACAAUACUUUCACACAGCUUUCCUGAGAUAGAAACCUAUCCUGUCUCUGUGUUUUUUAAGCACAGUUGCUAAUGGGACAAUACAUUUACAAAGCCCAGAUUUUUUUUUUCAGCUAAUAAGUGUCAAAAUGGUUCACUAUUGGUCAGUGGGUCACAUAUGCAUUUCAUUUUGCUUUCAGUUUCCCUUAAUUCAAUCAGGCAAAAGUCUUUCUGCAUGUCAAAGUUGUAAAUUGAAAGAAUUUGUGCGGAUAUAAUCCUGUGAAUCCACUGAUCAUGGCAAAUCGAUUGAAAUGUAUUUAUUUUGCAGCAAGUCUACAUGGAAAGAAAAGCUUAAUCAGGAAAUCCCAAAAUAAAAUACAUUCUAACACUGACGUGCUAGUGAGAGUCAGCUACUACUGAAUGCUAAUUGGAAAUAGUCUUCACUCAAAAAGAGUCCAAAUUUUGGAUAAAAUUGUAAUUAUGAGUUACUCAUUUAGACAGUUGACAUUUUUUUCAGAACUGUUCAUAUUCGUGAAGAAACUCUCUCUUUCUCUCUCUCAACUGUUUUAUGUUUUGUUAGCUCUAUCUGUACAUCCCUCUCCCUCGGUAAUAUGCGUUAACGUACGUGUGUGUACGUGUGUGUGUGUUUGUGUGUGUGUGUGUGCACGGCCAUAAGAAUACUGGACUUCCAUUCGAAUGCAUGUGGACUGUUUUUAAAUGUAUUUAUUUGGAGCCCAGGUGUGUGUUUAUGUGUUCUGGUGCAAAUUAGUUUCUACAAUGACUUGAGAAGAAGCCAUGUAUUAAAAAUAUCACAAAUAUGCUGCAGAACUGUUUUGAGGAACUGAUGGUUUGUGUUGUGGACUAACCGGCUUGCUGUAGGUCGCGGGGGGCCGGGGUGCGAAUCGGACUAGCAAUAAGAAUCCCUCUGAAUCCAAAAAGCUUUAUGUAGAUCUCCUGUAUAUGAGAACAGACUGUCUGGGUCUCUUGGUUCUGUUGUUGUUUAUUUCUAGUUUGGCUGAGAAAUGAUUUUUGUUGAGUUUGUUUUUUUCUCUAUGACAUAUAAAUGCGUAUAAAACUGUGAAAAUCCAUUGUGUUCAGUUAAAGGGUGAGUUUUAGGUUAGUUUUUUGCAUGUUAAUCUAAUUUUCAAUUAUGGAUGAUUUCUCUUUUCUCCAUCUCUUCUCGCGCUACACACACACACACAUAUAUAUAAAUAUAAAUAUGAAAAUAUAUAUAAUCUCGCUCUCAGGGUCUUUCACAAAUCCAUUAUUCGAAAUGCUUCAUGUUCUUAUUUCCUGAGUUGCAACUCUUUCCAAGUCCUGAUUAUUUUGUCUUUUUUUUUUUUUUUUUUUGUU